CUCCUGUCAAGAUUAAGAGAUCAAUGACCACGUGGGGGCAGUUGCACCGCCGACCUUGACCGCAGGAUCGUAGUCAAAUCCAUCGCCCCUGAUCUCAGGUGCGGGCUACCGCGGAAUGUCCUGUUUCUCUCUCCAAUAUCGGUCUCCUUUCACAAAACACCAGAUUUCCUCGGUCACAGCUUCGACGGUAGAUCCCACGCUGGCGGGCCGGCUGGCCGGGGCCCCCUCCCACCGUCAUCGGCCUCCUCGUCUCGCCCCUUCUCACCUCCACCCGCUGCUUCCACCUUCACUUCACCCGGUUCCUCAACCUGCGAAUCCGCUCCGGUUCGCCCUCGUUGUCUUUACCCACAUUAUUCGUGCCUCUGUACAUGUCCUUGUCUCAGUCCCGGACACCAUUAUCCCAGGAGCCCUUUCUGUCGCCGCCCCUCUUCUUCUGCGGGCAUUAGCUCGUGCUCAGAGUUGUCAAUACCAGCCCUCCUUCUUGCGCCUUGCGCCUUCGCGGCCGCUCCGAGAGUGACUUCUGCUGCGGCUGGCACCGCCACCACCAUUGCCACUACCACUAAUGUGUUGCAGACGUGUGAUGUGGUAGCUUUAGCGUUCUCUGACACUCUGUACGGCUCUCUGGC